UCUAUUAACAAGUCAGUUGCCAUGACAGUUGAUGAAAGAAUAGCUAAAGCUGAAGAAUACAAAGCAAAGGGUAAUGAACUUUUUAAAGAAAAAAACUACAAGGGUGCCAUUGGAAAAUACCACAGAGGGCUGCUGUAUUUGAAAGAUAUUGCUAGUCCCAUGGAAUCAUCUCAAACUAUGGUACUGCAAAUGUUAGGCAUGGCAGAGGGUAGCAACAGCAAACGAAUGCUAUCCAAUAAUAAUGCAGAACUGGUGAAGAAACUGGAGAUUAACUGUUACAAUAACCUAGCUGCAUGUUUAUUGCACCAGCCAGAGGCCAACUAUGAAAAGGUGAUAUAUUACUGUGACUGUAUCAUAUCCAAGAUGCCCAAUAAUACCAAAGCCUGGUACAGGAAAGGUGUGGCACUCUAUCAUAUCCGUGCUUAUGAAGAAUCUAAGCAGUCUCUAUUGACAGCUCAGAGUCAUUUAUCAAAUACACAAGAUCCUAAUAUAAAGCGGUACAUGUUGAUGUGUGAUGCAGCCAUAGAGAAACGACUAAACGACGAGAAAGAACGCUAUAAAGGGAUGUUUGAUAAUAUGGACAUCAAUGGCUAGUAACACUCCGCCAAUCAGAACCGUACUAAUUUGUGAAAAUGUAUAUGCAUUUAAUAUUUCAGUGUUAAUUCCACAGAACAAUCUUAUAUAUAGUUUUAGUCAAGAUGCAAGUGUCUUCAAUCCAGUCAUUGUCAACAUUGACUCUUCACUCUUGCAUGGCCAUGCUGAACAAUUCAUCAAUAUUCUUUAUGAAAAUUUAUUGGUGAUGCCAUUUUUGAAAUGCGGUUCAGCAAAACACAUGGUCUCCCUGUCAGCUAUUAUAUCUAAAAUUAUUCUAUUGUUUUUUUGUCAAUAAAUGCAAUGAUUUUCAUUUAAUUUUGAUAAUUAUCUGUUGUACAUGCUUGCACCAUACAUUGCAAUUUAGAGUAAAACAAUACGAUGAGAUGAAGUGUCCUUUAAUCUGCAACUAUGCUGAAUGUUUUAAGUUUCAACAAAAGGAUAUUUCUUUUAAUUUACAAUAUGUAGUGCACUGAUAUAAUGCAUUUUGUUUUUUCUAACAAUAUAUGAUCACGAAUUGAAAAUUGCAGAUUGAAGUUCAUUAUUUAUAAAUAGUGUAUUUCAGAUGCUGAACUUCUAAUUUUAAUUGUGUCAAUAACUUCAUAGCACGACUCAUUUAAUAUGUAGCAAUAAACAGUAUGAAAAGUGUUACUCUGUUGUAAUGCAAAUUUUGUUUAGAGGUUGCAAGACCUAUCUGGGGGAAAAUUAUCAGCCAAUUGCAUGGCCAGAUAAAUACGAUUUGAGAAUUUUUCCUGAGCACACGCAGCAUUGAUAGUGAAGGUCUAUUAGCAUCUGCUAAAAUCAGCCCUAGAUACACUAGUUAAUAUUACAACAAAACACAGAAUAGCACAACUGUUUCCAGCAUGUAUUCAAGGUAGAAGCGUAUGAAAUCAGAAAGCACUGCCACCGAACAUGGCGGUAAAUAACAAAUACAGAAAGUAUUGAUACCUUAUUUUAUAUAUUUACAUGCAUCUUCAGGAGUGGAGUGUACAUGUAACUGACAUGCUAUUCUGUGUAAUGUUGUU